UGUUUACUAAUCCAGCAAUCUACACAUUUAUCAAAUUGCAAAAUAAUCUGACAAUUUUGAGAACUAGUAUAAAACAUGCCGACCUUGUCCGUAUAUAAGAAUACAAAAUGUAACAAAACUAAAUCAAUUGCGAGUCGCUUGCUGAGUGCACACAUUUUGAGCAACGCGUUCACUGUCAACAAUGGGAAGCGGAAGUCGGACAAACAGAUGCCUGCUCUGCUCCACGGCAUUACUGUCUGUCGUCUGUAUAAGCCUCUUCAUCGCUUUAAUGGUCGUAAUCUCCAAACACGAUGACAUCGGCGACCAAGCCAAUGCGAAGGUAGAUGAUUGUGACAUCACAGAACAGGAAUACACCAAACAGGAAUCUCAAAACCCGACGGUUUUUCAGGAUCUUACGGGAAAGGAGAUUGAAUCGUUGACAAAUUACCUCUACUCCAGACCGGAGUUUGAUUUGGUAAGACCGUCCGCAAGUAAGACCAACGCAAAUUUCGUGUUCAUGGCUGAGCUGCAUCUUCCCGAAAAGUCGGAGGUGAUCGCGCAUCUCGACAAAGGGGCCAAACAACCGGCCCGGGAAGCUAAGGUUAUCAUAAUAAGAGGGAAAGCACCUGACCAACAGAUUAACGAAAUCGUCGUUGGGCCUCUUCCGAACACGAGUUACCAUCAUCCGGUUCCGGGUAUCAACGCAUCGUUACCGUACUUUUAUCGGCCAAGUACUGAGCAUGACUAUGAUCAGGUGAUAGCAAACCUAACCAACACUGUGCACAGCGAGUUUGGAGACAUUCUCAGAAGCUGUUAUGGAACCAGUGUAAGGGAAUGUGGCGACAAGUGUCUGACAUUCCGGUACGCAUCUACAUACUCCCCGGCAUCGAGCGGAACGAACAUGCGGAAAAUAUGGUACUGGCUACACUACGACGUGGAAUACUACGUUCUGCACCCUGUGGAUUUUUCUGUACUUGUAGGAUUCUAUCCCGGGCAGACAGUUAUCGACCUCGUGUGGUUUCAAGGAAAACAGUUUAAAACGUUGCAGGAGGCUAAAACCAUAGCGUCAAACUGCACCAUGCGAUCUUUUCCAAAAGUAGACCGGAACUCGUUCUCUACGAUGAAUCAACGAGGCGCAAUACCGGAAGCGGCCAAGAAGCGUGCGCCAGUACAGGUUGAGCCAGACGGUAAACGGUACACAGUAAAAGGGCAGCAUGUUCAAUACAUGAAAUGGUCGUUCGAUUUCCGAAUGUCGACAGCGUACGGACCGCAAAUUUAUGACAUUAAAUUCGACGGCGAACGAAUCGUAUACGAACUCGGUCUGCAGGAAAUAUCAGUAUUCUACUCCGGACACAAUCCCCAACAGAGGUUUUCCGAUUACAUGGAUUCCUCUGAAGUACUGUUUGGUAUGUCUGCAACGAGUCUCGUGCCAGGCGCGGACUGUCCAGAUCACGCGAUGUUCUUCGAUUCAAAACACGUGACCGAAAACUCCGAGAGACCUCUACUCGUUAAAAAUGUCUUCUGCUUGUUUGAGAUUAACACCGGUGAGCCCAUCCGACGUCACCAUGCGUUCUCGAAAAAGGAGGGCGCGUUUUACCAGGGGAUGGAGAAUUCUAUUCUGGUUCUUCGAACUGUUGUAUCCGUUAUAAAUUACGAUUAUAUAUUUGACUUCAGAUUUUUUCAAAACGGUGUUCUGGAAACUAAAGGGAUCUCAACAGGGUACGUUAUGGGUAACGCUUUUUCCGAAAUGGAGCGGAAGUACGCCUUCCAAAUCCAAGAUUUCCUUUCAGCCAACUUCCACUCCCACAUGUUCAACUUCAAAGUUGAUCUUGAUAUCAAGGGGACUUCCAAUCGUUACGAGAUGAUUCACGUUAAAGUGGAAACGGCUAAAAAUGAGUUCUCGGCAAUAAAUGACACCUACAGUCAGGGAAUGAUUGAACGAGAACUAAUUAGAACUGAAAAAAGGGCAGCGUUCAAGUUCAAUUUUGAAAACCCAAGUUACCACGUGUUUUAUAACAAUGCAACCACAGACAAAUACGGGAACCACAGAGCAUACAGACUUAUCAACCAGGGCAUGAUGAAGCAGAUACUCCCAGAGGGCCGGAACAAGGAGCCGGCGAUCAACUGGGCGCGGUACCAGACGGCCGUGACCCGCCACAAGCCGGAAGAGGCCCACAGCAGCUCCAUGUACUCCAUGUUCGACGUGUACGACCAGGUCGUCGACUUCCAGAGCUAUAUAGACGAUGAUGAAAGCAUUGUUGAUCAGGACCUGGUCGUCUGGGUCACCAUGGGUGUGCACCACAUCCCCCACAAGGAGGACCUCCCGGUGACUACAACCCCCGGGAUGGGGCUCACCUUCGUCCUACAGCCCUUUAAUUACUUCGACGAGGAUCCAUCCAUGUAUUCUCUUGACGCCAUCCGGAUCGAGUCAAAUCACGGCAUCGUAAACGUCUUGAAGUAUGCACAUACGUCAGGCUCUAAGAUGACGUGCGUACCGAGGAAGACCACUUUUUUCGAUGUUAUUAAAGUUGAGCCUUCGAUCAUAUUUGAUUGACUUAUGUGAUGUUUUAAAUUGACAAUGCAUCAAUAUUCAGAAUUCAGUGUUAUAAAGUUGUGAAUUCAUAGCUCUGUAUGCAAAACUGGUACUAUUUAUCGGUAUUUAAAUAUCAACCGUACUUUUAAUACGGUUAGAUUAACAUAGUUUGGAAAACAGUAUGGAUUUAAAUACAUUGGUUGAAUAUUUUUUGGAUGAUUAAUAUUUUGCUUAAAAUAUAAAUAAGACACAUUUUUUUCGAUGUCGAAAUAGUCAUAGUGGUUCCGAGCAAGGACAUUCGACGCAAAAGAGUGGUAUUGCUGUAUACUUAAAACCGAUUACCGCCUCUUAGUUGUUAUUUGAAUUCGAGGGGAGACAAUUAAUGAUAAAACAAUCACCAAAGGGGAGAAAUUCGAAAUGUGUUCAUGAUAAAUACUGGAGCGGACUUUUGAAUGAUUUGUUGCUCAUGUGUUACGAUCUCAGUAGUCUCAUAGACUACGUUAUAAUUUGAAUGAUCACGUAUAAACGUUGUUUUAAUUUGAAAUGUUAUUGUCUUUGAAAUUAAAUAAACUUAACGCUUCCUGGCUUCUCCGGUAAUCUUUUUUUUCGAAAAUUUGUAAGCGUAGUUGGUACGUUUGGCAUUUACAAAAUUGAAGUAAACACAUCUUUGAUUUUAACCUAAAGGUUCAAAUAUCUCUAGUUCAAUCACUAAAGUUUGAAAUGCAUUCGAUAAAAGAAGCGAAAGUUUAUUUAUAAGCCACUUUGCGUUUAUGUCGACCAAACGUUGUCAUUAAAUGCUUUAUGUAUAUAUGUUGCGCUGUAUAACUUUACGGGAUCUUUUCACGGUUUGGUAAAUUGACAAAAUUGAAAAAAAAGUUGUUUCAUAUUCGCAAAAUUUCGGUUUAGUUAUGAUAUUUGUGAGAAAACAGUAUUACUGAACAUUUGCCAUGGUCUAAUAUAGCCAUUAUAUGCAUCUUUUGACGAUUUAAAAACGUAAAAAUUAUAAAGCGUUGCAACGCGGAACGAUUGAAUAAUUUGGAGAGUUCUGUUGUUGUCGUUUAAAUUUGUGAAACUACGAAGAUUGCUUACAUAAGGUAUAAAAUACGCAGUAUAUGUAUGCUUGGCAGGAUAGCUCAGUUGGCUAAUGCGUUUUUAAUUCAGGAUUCCGGGGUCACUGGUUCGAGCCCUGCUGCGGGUUACUUUUUUUCCUUUUUUAAAUUUUAUUUUUGAUUUUUUACUGGAGCUUUUAAAAUUUAAUGUUUACAUUUAUCAAUAUAAAGCAUUUAAUGACAAACUUCAAAACAUGACAAAAUCUGUGAAAAGGCCCCUUUAAAUUAACUACUUACGUGUAUUUGAAAUCCGCAGUACCUCCAGCAGGGUGGCCUGUAUAUAGGUCAGCUGUGGUCGGUCAGAAAUGACGACUGGUCUGUGACUACCCACAACCUGAAAGAAAGUGCAGAACAUUUCAUACUUUUUAUGUUUUGUAUUAAAAAGUUAAAAAAUAUGAA